UAAAUUCCCCUCACCUCGUUAUAUAUCAAAAUCCUACUACUCAAAGAGUCCAAUGUUCGCAUCAGUUAAUUAGUAAUUCAUUGUUGAGAGAACAUCGAAGCGAGAGUAUUCACGUUCUAUCCAACAGUGCAAGAGCAUCAUUUAAAGAGUAAACAUGUUUCUACUAGGAGUAUUGUGUGCUCUUUUUGUCACGAUCUCUGCUUCAACAGAUUCUUGUUAUAGGCAUGUUGAAGAAGCUUGUGAUCUUAAAAUUUCUAAUUCUCUUCUAGGUACUUCAUUUAACUGUACUGCCACAUUUGGGAAUAUCGAGAAGUUAAAGAGUGAACUUCAAGGAUAUGCAAAUGCUCAUAUUGAAUAUAGCUAUGAAUUUUUAUUAAUGUCAACUCAUUUUGGAAAUUAUGAAUCAAAUCGAGAAGGCUUUAAGGCAUUAUAUCGUAAACUGUCAGACAAAGCAUGGGAAAAUGCUAUUAAUAUAGUAAAAUUCCUUACCAAAAGAGGUAGUACAUUGAAUUUUGUUCGUGAAGAACAAACUAACAGUCACAAUAAAAUUGUGUCGGAGAGCGAAACUAGAGAAAUACAGUUUAAUGAAAUUCAAAGUUUGGCUAAAGCACUUCAAAUUGAGGAAAACCUUACAAAAGAAGCUAUAAAAAUUCAUUCAGACGCCCGUCAAAAAUUUCAUGAUCCAUCUGUAUCUCAUUUUAUAGAAGAAAAAUUUAUGGAACAACAGGCUGAUUAUAUGCGUCUAUUAGCUGGACAUAUAAAUGAUUUGCAGAAACUGUUAUUGUUAAAUGACCCUUCUGUUGCUUUAUUUAUAUUUGAUGAAUAUCUUAAGAAAACUGUGUAAAUCUUCAUAAAUUAACAAAUUCUAUAAAUCAUUAUAAAUAAUGCACUUAUCAAUACUUGUACCUCUCCUAUUCAAUUUUGAUUUCUUUUAACGUUUGUAAUAUAUAAAAUUAUGAAUAAUAAAUAUCCAAAAAUGCC